UGUAUUUGAGGUUAUAUCAUUAUUAACUAUCAUCGUUUAAAAGGAAUACAACAAGAACUGGCUUAAAAAUAUACUGAAGUUAAUAUUUUAUAAUCGAUGAUAAACAUAAUGGCAUAGUUACAAAAUGGAAAACAGUUACAUGUCAAAUCAAUUAUUUACUAAUCGAACCAGACUGCUAAAACCCCAGCGGAAGAAUGGAGGAGAAACACCCGUGAAAUGUCUGUGACAAGGUAUUCGGUUAUAAUAUUAUGUAGGCCAUAAUACAGUUGGUUUUAUUAUAUUAAGCAUUAUACACAAUUUAAAAUUUAAAAAGUAAUACGACAAGUUCUGGCUUAAAAACAUUGUUAAGACAAUACAAUUCUAAUCAAAUAUAAGCAAAAUAGCAUAGUAACCAAGUCAUUGUAUGAAAAAUAAAUACAUGUUCAAUACAUUAUUUACAAAUAGAAGCAGGCAGACGACACACCACCUAACCAAUGGAGAGGAAAUCUUACCCAUGCGAUGUAUACGCUAAGUCUUUCAGCCAAAGUUCUAAUUUGAUGACACAUCGACGUACGCAUACUGGCGAAAAACCAUACGCAUGCGAUGUAUGCAACAAGUCGUUCAGUCAAAGUUCUAAUUUGAUGGCACAUCGACGUACGCAUACUGGCGAAAAACCAUACGUAUGCGAUGUGUGCGACAAGUCAUUCUCUGGAAAUCACCAUUUGACGAACCAUCGACGGACACACACCGGUGAAAAACCAUACGCAUGCGAUGUAUGCGACAAGUCAUUCUCUGUAAGUGGCACUUUAACGAAACACCAACGAACACACACCGGGGAAAAACCGUACGCAUGCGAUAUAUGCGAUAAGUCGUUCGCUGUAAGUGGCAGCUUAACGAAACAUCGACGCACACACACCGGGGAAAAACCGUACGCAUGCGAUGUAUGCGACAAGUCAUUCUCUGAAAGUGGCACUUUAACGAAACACCAACGAACACACACUGGCGAAAAACCAUACGCAUGUGAUGUAUGCGACAAAUCAUUCCCUGUAAGUAACCAUUUGACGAACCAUCGACGGACACACACCGGUGAAAAACCAUACGCAUGCGAUGUAUGCGACAAGUCAUUCUCUGUAAGUGGCACUUUAACGAAACACCAACGAACACACACCGGGGAAAAACCGUACGCAUGCGAUAUAUGCGAUAAGUCGUUCGCUGUAAGUAGCAAUUUGACGGCACACAAGCGGAGGCACAUGGCAAACUGAUCGGAUUGAUUAGUGGACCAAUAGCUAGUCGAUCAAGGGCCAUAUUAAAAUAUGAUAAAUUAUGUUAAUAUAUUGUUAUGGUCAAUGUGCUAAUUUUGUCACGUAAAUAUUUGUUCCUCAAUACUACAUUUCUAGUUUGUCACAUGCGUAAAUAAAUACUACAUUUCAGUGUUUAAAGUAUAAAUUGGUUUUCAAUUUUCUAUUUGAAACAUUAUAUAUUAUAAACAUUGCGUAUUUUAUACUUCAAACAUUUUGGAAAGUUAAUAUUAUUUGGGAGCCUAUUAUACCGGAGGAUGUAGGUACCUAAUAUAAACGAAUCAAUGUUCAUCGAAUUGUUGUUUUAAAAAUGAUCAUUUGAGGCGUUACUUCAAUGCAGUAUAUUGACAAUCGGUACCUAUAGUAUUUUUAAGUCAAUUUUUUCCUGUUUUAAUAUUUGUAUGAACUAAUAACAGAUAAUAUUUUUGUGAUGAAUUAAAAC